AUGACUUUGUGCUCUCGCUGGUAUUCUAAUUAUCGUUCUCUAUCUUCUUCAUCUCAUGAAUCGUUUCAUCAAUAUCUUUGGUCCAAUGGUACAGUGUUCGAUGAAAAUGAUCUAAAUAUUUGCCCAGCUUGCGUUCGUACAUUCUAUAACAUUAAGGAAGCGACGAAUAUUUCAGCCAUUCCGGAAUCAAUGGAUACUACUGAAGAAGUCGAUGUUGAUACAGAUGGCCAGUUUACUUUAAGGAAUAUUAUAUUUGCUGGUCGUAGUCACAAAAAUUGCGUCAUCUGUCCUCAAGAAAUUCGAGGUGGAUCAGUGGUAAUGCCAAAAGAUGCUCGACUAGAUUUACUUAUUUAUCAUUCAAUGUAUGCACCAGACGAUGUUCAUUGUUGCUCAUCACAUCUUCUCAAAAAAAAACGUUUAAUGCCUAAUCUUCAUAUCAUUACGAAAAAUCGGAUGCAACUUGCAUCAUGCCUUUCGUCAUCAGAAAUGAUUGAUCUUGUUACCGAUUGA